UGACACACACACUGAGCACUCUCACAGAGAAAAGAGGGGAAAUACAAAACGAGUGGGUAUUUAUGUGGUGCGUGUGUAUGUGCGUGUUAUACAUGGUGUGAAAGACCAGUGCGCCCGCCGGGCCGGCAUGGGAUGGUUGGCCGGCUCUGGACUGGUUAUGGACUGGUUUAACCAAAGCAAAGGUGCUGAUACUUGCUGAAGAUGAGUAGCGGGGGGGGUAACACCCCAGAGCCCCCCAGAGGGGGAGAGUCUCUGAAGAGGAAGGACUGUCAGUCGGACCUCCUGGGGCCCAGCCCUAAGAGGAGCACUGAGAGGAGGAACCGGGAGCAGGAGAACAAAUACAUCGAGGAGCUGGCAGAGCUGAUCUUUGCCAACAUCAACGACAUGGACGACCUGAACGUCAAGCCGGACAAAUGUGCCAUCCUCAAAGAGACGGUGAAGCAGAUCAGACAGAUCAAGGAGCAGGACAAAGCUCCAGUGGCUGAUGCAGAGGAGGUGCAGAAGGCCGACGUCUCCUCCACAGGACAGGGCGUCAUUGAUAAAGACGCUCUGGGGCCAAUGAUGCUGGAGGCCCUGGAUGGCUUCUUCUUCGUGGUCAACAUGGAGGGCAACAUAGUGUUUGUCUCGGAGAAUGUCAGUCAGUAUUUGCGCUACCAGCAGGAGGAACUGAUGAACACCAGCGUCUACAGCGUGCUGCACGUUGGAGAUCAUGCCGAGUUCAUCAAGAACCUCCUGCCCAAGAGCCUGGUCAAUCAUCGGAGCAGCGAUUCAUCCAACAGGAACAGCCACACCUUUAACUGUCGUAUGUUGGUCAACCCUCAUGCCGAUGGUGAAGCUCGGCCGACCUCUGACCCGCAGGAUGCGCCGCAGCAGAAGUACGAGACCAUGCAGUGUUUUGCUGUGUCUGAACCCAAAUCUAUCAAAGAAGAGGGGGAAGAUUUCCAGUCUUGUCUCAUCUGCGUGGCAAGAAGAGUCCCCGUCAAAGAGAGACCCGUGAUGCCCGCGUACGAGAGCUUCACCACGCGGCAGGACCUUCAAGGUAAGAUCACAUCACUGGACACCAGUCUACUGCGGGCGUCCAUGAAGCCGGGCUGGGAGGACCUGGUUCGGCGCUGCAUUCAGAGGUUCCACCUGCAGAAUGAAGGGGAGAUGUCCUUCGCCAAGAAACACCAGCAAGACGUGUUGAGGAAUGGCCAUGCGCUCAGCCCCAUGUACAGAUUCUCCCUGGCGGACGGCACCAUCGUCUCAGCUCACACCAAGAGCAAGCUGGUCCGAUCUCAAGCCACAAAUGAACCACAGCUCUACAUAUCCCUGCACAUUCUGCAGAGGGAAAACAUGGGUGGCAUGACAGCAGAUGCACCUGGUGGGCAGGGCAUGGUCAAGCCAAUGACCCCAACCAGUGUGAGUGGACCCUCCCCUUCCCCUGACGCCAACGUCACCAGCAACACCCACCACUCCACGUCAGCCUCCAGCACCCCGGGACGUGGUUUUGGGACUGUAUCGGGUCGGGCACCCACGCCCCAGGGAAACAGCCAUGCGCUCAAGCUGGGCAGCCCUUCAGCCCAGGGAAGCCCCAGCAUCUCUUCAGGGGCCCAGGGCACCAUGUUGUCGCCCCAUCAUCACCAGAGUCCCAGCAUGGCGGCUAGCAGCUGUAGUAGCCCUCAUCUCCCUCAGCAUCCCCCUGGCUCUUUUUCUCCUGUAGCUGGCCUCCACUCGCCGGCGUCAGUUUGCAGUAGCACAGGAAACAGCCAAGGGUUCAACUCCCUUAGUGCACUGCAAGCCCUCAGCCAGGGCCACAGGGUUACCCAGGGACUCGCUGAGGGGCAACACGCAGAGUCACCUGACAGGAAGCCGGUUGGCCUUCAGAGUCCUCUUCACAGCAGCACUGGUGGCCAGCUUGUCAAGAACCAUCCCAGCCUAGAGGCUGACUUAUUUGGAACUUUUGGGGAGCAGCAAGACUCAUCCCAAAACCAGGAAGGUGAGCAGGGGGAAGGGAAAGACGGUGACCCUGACGGCUUUGGAGGUAACGGAGGCCUAGGUGAGCUAGGUGACACCCCAAACCGCCUUCUUAACACCAAAGGGCACACGAAGCUCCUCCAGCUCCUCACCACCAAGUUAGAACCCUCUGAUCCUGGCUCACCACCGGGGCCCCUCGGGGACGACCAGAACUGUAAGGACCAGCUGGGCAGGGUUGGGGGCGUAGGCGGGACUGGGCAUAAUAACUACUCCACCUCGUUAAAGGAGAAACACAAAAUUCUCCACAGGUUGCUGCAGAACAGCUCCUCACCCGUGGAACUGGCCAAGCUGACAGCUGAGGCUACCGGAAAAGACCCUGUUGGCCCUGAGUCAGCCACAGGGGAUAACAUGGCCGCCCUGGGCGAACUCUGCGCAAAACAGGAGCCGGGGAGCCCCAAAAAGAAGGACAAUGCGUUGCUACGCUAUCUGUUGGACAGGGAUGAUAACGGCAUCCUGGAUAAAGCCAUUAAAAUGGAACCUGGCGAUGGGCCGAAGCUGUCCAACGUUAAGACAGAAAAACAGGAAGUGGGUUUCAACAUGCCGGACCAGACCAGUGAGCUGGAGGACUUGCUGGAGGACCUGCAGAGUGGCGGCCAGCAGCAGCUGUUUGGGGGCCGGCCACCGGCGAGAGGACCUCCCUCCUCUUCGUCCUCCUCUUCCUCUUUGCCGCCUGGUUCCUCUGUGGACAAACAGACCAUCAUCAGUGAUAUCCUGCAGAUGACCGACAGCAGCAGCAGCAGCAGCAGCAGCCCCCCCAGCCAGCACAGACCCUUCCCUCCCGUCGGCCCUGCAACAGGUUUUAAUGGUGCCAGACCGGGCCCACUGGGUCGAGGCCCUCCUCCAGUCAGGAGCAUGUCUUUGGACAGCAAUAUGGGCCCCAAACCCAGUGCCACCAGGCCUUUCCUUCCUCAACACAGGAACAACGGGCCCUACUCCUUACUGCAGCAGCAACAACAGCAAGGCAUGAUGGGAAGCCACGCAGGCAUGGCCAAUCAAGCUGCAAUGGCCAAUGCAGACAUGCUCAGAAAUGGUUCAAUGCGGGGCUCCAUGCAGCAAGGCUGGGGUCCCCAGGGGCCCAUAGGGGGCACUGCACCAAUGAUGGGCCAGGGGAUUGGACCUGGUCGCAUGGUCCCCAACAUGAACACUGCGCUACCCCCAAGAGGCCCGCCUGGGUCCAGAGCUAUGGUCAACAUGCAGAUGAUGGGCAAUGAGAUGGACAUGGCGAACCCCGCCUACCCUCAGCAACAAGCUCCGCCCAAUCAGACUGCCCCAUGGCCAGACCGAAUGAUGAUGGAUCACUAUGGAAACCAAAGCAGGCCACCGUAUGGCGUCCCCCAGGAGGAGGGGAUGGGGUGUUGCAGCACGGGUCCCGAGGGCCAUCCAGAUGAAGGAGCCCUGCUGAACCAGCUGUGCUCAGUACUAAAGGACUAUGAGGGUCUAGAGGAGAUUGAUAAGAUGCUGGGAAUUCCCACGCUGGCGGGACAGGGUCCUCUGUCAGACCAAGAGCAGUACCUCAGCUCCUCAGACCCAGCAGCCAGUAUGAAGCCUCCCCAGUACAGCCAACACUACGGUGGCCAGCCGGGUUAUGGUGGCAUUCCUCCCGAUGGCGGGUUCCACGGCCCCUCUAUGGGCGGCCACAUGGGGCCACAAAGGAUGCCACCUGCCGGUUACCCCCCGAUGAUGAGGAUGCCUGGGGGGCCCAGAGCAGCCGGGAUGAGGCCAGCCGGGAUGAGUCCAGUAGUGCCUCCUCAGCCCAACAAUCUGAGACUCCAGCUGCAGCACAGACUCCAGGCCCAGCUGAACCGUCAGCCGAUGGUGAACCAGAUGACGGGAGUGUCCAAUAUAAAUCUACCUCUAAGGUCUAAUGUACCAAACCAGGGAACCCUCAACUCCCAGAUGCUGGCCCAGCAUCAGCGUGAGUACCUCAGCAACCACCUACGCCAACGCCAACAGCAGCAGCAGCAGCAACAACACCUGCACCACCAGCGUGCCAUGAUGAUGCGGACUCAGGGCAUCAACAUGCCGCCUAACAUGCCCAGUGGGGGGGCCGCUCCUACGCCGAUGCCCAUUGGUGGCACCAACCCGCGUCUCCCGCAGGGCAACCCACAGCAGUUCCCCUACCCGGCCUCCAGCUACGGUACUGGCCUGCCCUCUCCACCUCCACCUCCACCUCCUCAUCCCGGCUCCUCCAGCCCCUUCUCCUCCCCUCUCUCCCCCAGCCAUCAUCUGACUAGCCAGGGCAUGAUGGGAAGUGUAGGCGGGCAGUACAGCGGGGUAAUGAGUCCGCCAUCACUGCACAGUGCCUUCCAUAUCAGCAGUUCAGGAAUGAGCCAGCAGCAGCAACACCAGGAUCCAGUGUCAGGCUUCCCAUGUGGGGCUACAACCCCUCAGAGCCCUCUGUUGUCCCCCAGGAUGGGGCAGGGUCAAAGUCCCAUGCUGCAGCACAGUCAGGGCCAACCACAACCCCAACCCCAGGGCCCGAAUCCAGGAGGACCCCCCGGCUACCAGCCUAGCUCUGACCACAACGGAUGGCCCCAGCCUGCCAACAUCUCCACCAGCAACAGUGUUUACCCCCAGCAGUCCCAGUCCCACUACUCCACACAGCACAACGGAGGAAUGUACAAUGGCAGCAACAACAUGAACCAUGUCAUGGCCAACAAUGGAGGCAACAUGAACCAGAUGUCAGGACAGAUGAGCUCUAUGACCUCCAUGAAUACUGAGCAGGUGAGUGACAACAGCUUGAUCUUGGAGCAGCUGGCAGGAAUUGACAUGUUGACUCAAGAUGAUGACGCCAGUUCUAAUUUUUGCUGACCCCAGCUGCGGUUGAGACGAGGUGACGCAGGAAUCCAUGCAAAAAAACACAGGCACCUACUCAGCUCAUGACGAAGCAACGAGGAGUUGAGGACACGUGAUGGAAACACUGCUCCCUCUUUCACACCAGCCAACUCAGAGGCACCAGUCAGAGAGAGGACAACCAGGACAUGUUAAACCUUCUGAACUGCGUUCACUUCAGUGUGGCUCAGUUCACACUGAUUUAACAUUUUAUGCAAAAAAAAAAGUCUGACAUUGUAGGGAAGCUUCCAUCUGAACCAUCCUAACAGCAAAUACACAACAACAGGAUACAAGAAUCACAAAGAGAAAUAUUUUGCCGCGACUGAUUUCUGAUUUAAUUCUUGGUAAUUCAACAGUACAUGUUAUAUUUAUCUGUAAACCACAAUCUGUAAAGUCUCACAUAAAACUACAAUCCAUUUAAAGCUGCUUCAAAAACAAAAUUACCAGUACAGUACAAACUGAACAUUUCCACAGAAUUAUUUUCAUCCAGACGGCUCUUAAGCUGCUCUUAAUAAAACUCAGCACUUCCUGUAAGUUUUUUUUUUAAUGAAGAAGGAAAGGAAGAAUUUUGCCCCCUGAACUUAUUUGAAGGCUUUUAAUAUGAAAGACAUGGAGGAAGUGCUGAGUUCUCACUGAAAGCAAACAGCAGCGAUAUGAAACUAAUACAGCAAACAGACAGGAUGUGGCCACUGUUUCAGAAUUCACUGCACAGUAUACAGAUACACUGGGACACACAUCCUGAGAUGUUAGUCGAAUAGUUUGUUUUAUCACCAGUUUAAUGGUGUAGCAUUUUGACAUAAAGGAGCCGGUAUAUUCAGAUGAGGAAAAUGAUCAAUCUUUAGCAGCCUUAACUUUGCAUUUUUAUUGUUAGCUGCUGAGCCAGAGUUUAAUUGAAAAAAAAAAAAAAACAAUAUCUUUAUCUAAUACAGAAUUUUACAUUUAUUCCAGCUUAGUAGGUGUAGUUGCCAGUUAUUAGUCCCAGGUUCAGAUACAUAGACACUCGUGGUGUGUUUGCUGUUAGUAUGUGCUCUGAUAAGAUGAAUGUGUUCCUAAACUGUUGUCCUCUCGAGUCUCUGAAGCAGUGUAUUUGUGAUAGAGUAAAUUUGGGUGUGUGUGUUGUGCGUGUGUGCGUGUGUGUCGCAGAUUGACACUGGAGAAGCGAAUGGUUGUCAAGCAUGAAUGAAACUUUUGGAUUUUCUCUUUUAUUGGUUCUGUUUCAGAGCCAGACUGAAAAUGUCAAAUAAGAAGGUUUAUGAAAAAUAUUUUACAGGUAUUUAUAGUUUUGAAGAAAUUUUAGAGAUUCUUUGUAUGACUUUAAAAAAAAAAAAAUCAAGGAUAUCUUUCUUUAAGUAAAUCUCUCAGAAUGGUACAUUUUGAUGUCGAUUUUGAAAUUAAUAUAUUUCAACUGCUGUAGUUACCGGGGAGCUGUACCCCUAUUUAAUGACUUUUUUGAAUGAAGGUGAAUCUGUAUAGAUUGUGUACAUACUUAGAUUUAUGAUACCAUUUUCCCCUAAGUGGUAUAGCGAAGCAGCAGUUUGGAGUUUUAGUCCAACAAACCUUUUUCAGAGAGUAGAAAUAUUUCAUUGCUUGAAUUAAACCUCAGUGGGUGAAGCUAAAGAACCACAAGACAACGACAAACGACGGUUAAAAAGUGUAAACCACAUGUUUAAAUACCAGCUCCUCCUGUCAUGCUGCUGUGACCAUCAUCGAGAGAUAAUCUACCUACUGCUGUUUCACUAUAGCUGUUUUGAAUUUGAAAGUUCAGCUAGGAUGACAAGCUAACCUUGUUCACCUAGUAUCAGUAGCUUGAAGCUUUUGGUUAAGUAACAAAGCCUACACAAUAUUUAAUAUAUAUUUAAUAUAUUAUAAAAUUUAUAUAUAUAUAAUAUUUCUCUCUCUUGCCAUUAGCACUGGCUUUUUAGCUGUUCUAGCAGUGAGACAAUGGCAGGUCGGCUGGUUAGCCACUGUGGUUUAGAAUGAAAUAUCUUGUCAGCUAUAAGAUAGAUUGCCAUGAAACGUGGUACAGACAUUAGUAACUGUGAUUCCCCCAGACGUUUGUCCAGUACCUGCAAAACUGUCGCAGCUGUACUGUUUAGUGCUCAUUAGCAAAUGUUAGCUUGCUAACACCCUAAACAAAGAUGGCGACUGUGGCAAACUCUGCUAAACAUCAGCACGUUGGCGUUUUUGUGAGCAGCGUUUGUCGUCGUGUUUCACUGACUUUCAGUCCAAACUUUCUUGGCCAGAGACGGUUUGUGUGUUUGCUCUGCCCACUGAGAUUUUACCCCUGGGAGUAUUUCUGCCUCCAAAGCAGCUUGGCCUCUAAACAUUAUGUGUAUGACUCAUAAAACUCCAUGCUACUGCGACUCAUUUUAAAAUUAGUCUUCAUGGUUGCGAUGUCCUGGCUUGUAGGACUCACUCUUGCAUUGCAGGUGUUUAGCUGAAGCUCUGUGUCAUGCUGAAGGACAAUUCAAAAGUGUGUUUGCUUUUGUCGUGUUGGCUCUUUCUGUGGAUGAAGCUGUGAUCUUUGAACGACAAGACAUUCUCUGCGUAUGUACUCCAUGUGCUGGUGAUGACUACUAAUUCAAACCAGACUCAGAGGGACGCUGAGUUUUUGACCCGGUCCCUGAAAACAGAGUAACAGAGCUAAAUGAAACCUUUCUAUUUAACGACGAGGAGCAGGUGACCCGGAAUAUUUACAGCCCAGAGUUAUAUGGACUUUCACAGACUGGACCUCUAGCAUUUUGGGAACAGUUUCAUCAAAUCAUUUUUGAAAGGUGCUCUCUAUAUUCAUUAGGUGCUAUGUCACGUAAGCUUGUAACUGUGACUGUAACUAACAACAAUGGAUGUCUUGAGUCGCUCUUGGCUUCAGAUGGUCCAGAGACCUGUUAAGCACAAAGAUGUGGGGCAGCGUUUCUCUGCAGAACAGGACGAAUGUGACGAUGCAAACUGACUGCAAAGUGAAACUGAAAAAAACUUUUUUUUUUUUUUUUUAGAUUUUGCGUUGAACACAUUUGCCCUUCACUUCCUUUCAUCUUUCACUGCAGUAAAUUAUACUCCACCAGUGUGCUGCAGGUUGUAAAACCCCCAAAGAUUUUAGGAGAAAAGCUCCAAGAGAAACUGUAAGCCAUGGAAACGUUCUGAAUGUCAAACUCUGCAAAGGUUGAGGGCGUGAAGAGUGGAUGUAAACGCUCGUGUACAGUAACUCCUAAUGCUUUAGAUGAAGGUGAAUUAUUUUCUGUUGAUUUUGACUGAUACAGUUCACACACACACAUAUAUAUAUACUGAAGAUUUUUCUCAAUUCAUAGAUGGAUAUUUUAUUAAUUGCAAAAUACUGUAAUCCAUGUAAGUACCUUAAGAUGCUAAAGACAUAGCAUAAUGCCUUAGAUCUGUGGUUCUCUGUUUGGUGUGUAACUGUGAGGUUUACAGGUGUAUUCUCAGUGUCACACACUGCUGAGUGAAUGUUUUACCCCAUGAUACUGUAAUAACGAGACAACCGGGAUUUUUAUAUUUUCUCCCAAGAAACGACACUGUACAACCUGCGUUAGCCUAUCAUUAUUAAUCAUGCAAAUUAUUUUGUUCAUAGUUACACUGUGUUGCUACACAUUGUAAGUACACAAUGCAACAGGGAGAUUUUCCCUCACUAACACAGUGUUUUUGGUUUAUAAAGGGGUAUUAAGUAUUUUUUUUUUUUACCUUUGCUGACCUGUGACAAGUAGAGACUGCAGCAACAUCAUCAGUUUGAUCUGGCCCUGAUGCAGGACUGUACUACUGCUAAAAAAAAGCACCAGUUUCUAACAUUAAGUCCAUAUAAAUCCCAUAUUGGACAUAUUUAGAUUUUUUUUUUUUUUUUUUUUACAAAUUUACAUUUAACAAAAGAAGAUAGAAAAUCUCAAAUGUUAAAUGUAGUAGCCAUAGAAUUAUGUUGCCUAAACACAAAUGUCUGAAUUAGUCUAAAAGAGGACAAAGUUUUGAGACCCAGCCUUAGUUAUGUGGAAUGAAACAAAAAUGGGUCUUGCACUGAUGAAGUGCAUGUGAAAAAAAUCCACCAAUGAACAGUGAAUGUAAAAUCCAACAUGGCACACACAGUCAUUUGUUCCUUGCUCACCACCUGGAGUGGCAGCACGCUGCUGUAUAAGUUAUGUUUCCGGUUUAUUUCCAUUUUGUCUGCGUGUCCCAGGAUUGUGUUUGUCUCCAUCACUGGACGGUGCCACUGUCUCACACAGUGGCUUUCAUUUUUCUCCGGCUCUGCUGGCCUGCAUAAAGCACUGGGGCAGGCAAUAAAUUAAAAUCCUUCAUUUGAAUAGUUUUUCAAUGUCGUUGCAAUAAAACUGCAUCAGGGUCAGAGGUCAUUAGAUGAAUCAUCCGGUGCUGAUCUGAGAUGUCUGGCUAAACACUGGAAUAGUAAAACAGUUCUUUCUCAUUUGCUUUGGUGAGCCUCUGUAGCUGAGACAUUUAUGCAGCAGUUUAAAGCAUCGAGUGCAGAUCAGGGUUGAGUUUGAAGUUUGUUGUUUGUUUGAAGUAAAGUGUUAAUCGGGCCUGAGCAGAGAAAUGGAUCUUUUUUUCUUUUGUGCUGUGAGUUUUAGAAAAUGUGCUUAUUGCCCCUUUUUAGAAUAUUUCCCAAGGCUACACACACCGGGGUGAAACCACUGUAAAAUCUUACUGCUGAGUUUCUUUGUGAUCAGCUCUCAGUCGGACUGUACGUGAAACCAGUUGGAUGUAAGUGUUUCCACAGUACAGUGGUAUUUCAGAGCAAUAUGUCAAAGCUGAAGGAGAGUGCAGGUGUUCAGAGAUCACUGUUUGCAGUUCAAGAGAUUUUUUUUUUAAACCACUCUGCUGUGAUGUUCAUAUUAAAUAUCUCAGCGGUGACACAGUGCAGUACAUACAGUUUAUUCAGAGUGUGAGUGUGUUAUUAUGCAAAAGUCCAGACGUUCACACCACUUUAUGCAAGCUCUCGACUCUAAUGUUGCUUUUGCCAAUGCUACUUGUUAAUUUAUGAUUCAUGCCACUGUAAAUAAAUUAUUUUUAUUGA